GUCGAGUUGAGCACAGCGCGAAUCAUUUGAGUGUGAACAACGUAGACGAACGGUUGUGUUUUUCUUGCGGUUGCGCGCGCGUGUGUGAUUUAUUACCAUAUUCCGAAACAAAACCAAUGCGUUUACUAAAACAAAAACAGGCAACAGCAUAAGCAACAAAAACCCCUAGUGCUGUUUGUGGCUGUUGAAAAGGUGAACGAAAAACACAAAACCACCGAAUUGCGAGUUGAGGCGUCUAUUUUCGAAACGAAAUUGAAAUCGAAGUGUAUGAGUUUAGAAAUAACAUAAAAGACGUCGAAUUUUAUUUAGCCAAUUGUUUGUUGGAAAAGAUAUAAAUCACAGCUACACACAAAUUAUUUGCCGACUUUUACGCUCAAGGAAUUUUGUUGGAAAAUAAUUUAAAUUAAACUUUGUUGAGCUGCUCCUGGGGCACCGUGAUCAACGCAAGCCUCUUCUUAAAAACGACGUUUCGGGGGAGGGGCGAUAUCAAGAAUAAAUAAUAACAUUUUUUUAAAUAAAAACACCAAACUGUAUUUUUCGAGAGUUACCCUUCAGUAUGAUACUAUAUACAUAUGCCUCAUUUGAAUAAAACUUCUAAAACAUAUUUAAAAAAAGUUAUGACAAUCGUCCAUUUUUUCGGGCUCACAAGCAACCGUAAAGGCCAAAACGAUUUCAAGUAUUUAAAGAAACAAAUUAUAAACUAAUUGGGAAAACAACGACAAUACCAAACCUCAGUUGCGCAUGCGCAAACAGAAGCUAACGCCGCACCACAUACAUACACACACACAUCCAUAAAUACUUAUGAGCACCCAAAAUGGGAACAUGGAAUGUCAGCGCGCAAUUACGAAAAACCUAAAAUAAAUUACAAUAACAGCCGUAAAAACCAAGUCAGCAUAAAGGGCGAUCAACAACAACAACCACAAGGCGACUUUUCGAGGCAUACGCCAAAGUAUAAUAUGAAGUACGGUUGGAAGAGGCUGAAAAGGAAAACAUAAUUUUGGGAACAUUAACUAAGAGUGGAUUUUAAUUAAUUCACUUGAACUUCUAUACGAACCGAAAAGAGGCGUAAAGAAAUUAUACUAAUUUCCGAUAUUAGCACGCCAGCCCAACCAUUAAUUGCAAAAUCGAACAACAACAAAAAUGCCAAAAAUCUCGAUAAUCGCACUAUUUCACCUGCUCAUUUUUGCAUUGAUUGCACAAACUUUGAGCGGCGUUCUGCCACCCGCAGCAGUAUGGCGGCGUCUGAGUCGCCGGGAAAUUGGUGGCGCCACGGAGAAUUUGAAGGCCGCUGCUGCCAAUGACCGUGACACUGCGGCAAUGAUAGCAGCGACAACAAGCGAUCAGAUCGCUAGCCUUAGCGACGAUCAAAUCAGUUCGAAACUCAAGUCAAUAGAAGGCAUCAGCGCCAAUGCCAGCACUACCGACGCGGAUAGUGAAAGUGAAAUCGCACAUGCGGUGAAAAGCACCAAGUUGCUGCCUGCGUUAGGUAAUAAUCUCACCAGCCCAGGUGAACACAAGUCAAGCGAAAAGUUGAUGCUGAAUCGGGUGGAAAGUCAUGAAGCAGAGGGCGAAGAUGGUAACGGUGUUAAAAAAGUAAUGGAAGAAAGUGAGGAAAAUGAGGAGGUGGAAAAGAAGGAUGACAUAUCUACAGCACACCACGAUUCGAGUGAGUUUACGGAUAAGCAAUUGAAAAAGUAUAGUGAAGAACAAGAUGAAGCGAACACCACACGUUUGGGUUUGGAUGGCGUCUUUAGCAAAGAAGUUAAAGCGCUGGAAAAGUCGCUAACCCCAGAGACCUUAAACAAGCAUAUCAACAAUGGGUUGGACGAAACUGCGCUUGGACAACUUGACGGAAAGUCCAAAUCUGCGCAUGUAAAAGAUGAACAGCCAGCAACAACCGAGGUCAUCUUGACAGAUGUGGAAAAUGUAGCACUAAAAGUGUUGUUGCCAACAACGCCUCCAACGCUGGUGAAAGAUGGUCAUGCUGAGGAUGCUAAAAGCGACUUGGAAGAACGUAAAUCGGAGAUCAUGCACAGCACAGAGAGCUUAGAUGAAGCUAACCAAUCGAUGGGCCACUCAAUGGACGCUGUGCAGAGCAGCGAAAAUAAGUUAGAAGCGACGUUUGGGGAGAAACCGAGCGCAGAGGAAGUUCUACUCAAAGAAACAGCCACAACAACAAUGCCAAAAACAAUAUUAGUGACAAGAACUAAUACAGAAACAGUUGCGAGCGAGUCUAAAGCGCGAGAGGAGGCACAUAAAGAUAUUGAAGGAACAACGAAGAUGCAGCUGCCAACAACUGACGCUACAAAAACAAUAGCAAAUGAGCAUCAGCUUAACGAAAACAAAACAGAUGUCUUUGAGCAGCAGCGAGCAAACGAACAAAUAGAAGCAACAGAAUUACCACAAAAAUCACAGUCAAAAACAACUGCCAUUGUUGACGCAGAAACCACGAAAGCUCAGCAGAUUCCCUCCAUGAGCAGCACCUCGUCCGUCGAGAAGCGUGCCAAAUUCAUUCUCGAUAAUUCAACCAAUUCACAGAAUAUGCAUUUACCUGACGGACCGGAGGUUUGGUCCCUGGCAGGUAUGCGAACGGUGCCAAAAGUGCUGCAUAACAAUCGGGCGUCUACGUUGGUUGCCAAUGACAGCAGCGACGCAAAUUUACGCUGGCAGACAAAUGAAAUUCUAACCACCGAACGUACGCCGAAUGUGAGCAGCUAUAGCGAGAAAAAUUUGCUAGAUUGGACGAAGGUAGUGGGGAUGCGCGGUGAGCUGGAACCUGAAGGAACUAUUGAAAAAAAUCAAAUAACGGAGGGAGCAGUGGAGCGCGAAAGAAUUGAUGCCGUUAAAGCAACUAAGACAGAAGAAUUACCCUUGCGGAUGGUUGAUAAGUUGGAAAAUGAAGAACCUUCUAAGGUCACGGACGUCGAAAACAAUGAACAGUUGACUCAUCUCACUACUGAAGGCACUAAAAUGCUCAAUGUUACCGAAAAGUCCCAAGUGAUGAAUGAGUUCGAUAAAAUUCAAAUCGGAACGCCAACCGAAAUGCCCACAUUUGUAACCACCGGGCUAAUCACAACGCCAACUACUGCGCCGACCGCCACACAAGCACCAUUAUCAAGUGACUCUGCCUUAUCAGUUGAUAAGAGCGAUAAACACGCAGAUUCUAUAAGCACCGUUUCGACAGCUGGCAUUGGAGAGUCGCUGAAUAAGUCGUCGUUUGCGUCCACCACUGAAUCAUCAAAUCUACAACAAAGCGCUGAGAAAACAGGUGUAGAAAAUUUCAACUCUGCUGAGAGCAGCAACACGCAACGCCAGCCAAGCGAUGAUUUCAAUUUCAUUGUUACGUCAACGACGCCACUGGCUGCGUUCGAGGUGGCUAGCGCAACAACAGCAAUGCCAAUAACUAACGAAACAACGUCGACUACCACAACUGCAGCGCCAAUGCUAACGGCGCUCCCAGUUGAGCAUUCAACCUCGACGCUGCCAUCCCUCAAUGGCACAGAAGCAACACAGCGUUGGGAUAAUAUAACAGCGCGGGAGGCGCAAACCGAGACGACAAAAGCUAUACUUCCGAAUAACGUUGACGCAGCCGUCAACAGCACGAAAGUCGAUAUCAGCAGCAGCACUGGCGGCGUGCACGAUGUUACACUUGAGCUGCACUCGAAACGAGAACCCGAAACUGUAACCGAGACUGAGACUGAGCAGCAAACCACAUUGCUAACAGUUAGUGAGCUACCGACUAGCGAAGCGCACAGACUAACAAGUGCAGGCGAGCGAAUAUCAAACGUGAACGCGAACGUGAGUGCGAGUGUCGAAAGGGGUGCGGAUAUUUCGACGCAGAACGAAACGCCAAACGUUGCCACGGAAACUACAACUGAAAGUAGUCAAAUUGCAACAACGACCGCCACUAUUAUUCUUACAAACACUACGGUACUGUCAACCGAUUUGGUGGCAACAAAUGUCAGUGCGAAAACAAGUGAAGUGCCCGGAGUGACAGCAACAACAACGGAAGUUGGCCAAAUUGUUAAUGAAGUGGAAUUAGAAGUGCACACCGUAAACAUUACUGACGCAACUGAGGGAACGACUGACGCAGCGACUGCGACGUUAAAUAGCGAUACAGGUUCAAGUACAAAUAAAGUGCUGGAAGAGGCGGUGACGGAAGGGGAUGAGGCAAGCAUAACAGCGAAAAGUGUGUCGUCCAUAAAUGAGUUAUUAAUGCCAGUGAAUGACACAACAACAACAACAACAACAAGUACAACAGCAGUGCCAAUUACGGCACCACCAACGCAAGAAGCAGUCGAACCAGUUUUGUACACGGCAACAACCCUUAAAGGCGACGUAAGCACAAACGAAGAAACGACAACCAAAAUAAUCCCAUUGGCAAUAACAACAGUGCAGCCAACUGGGUCAGUGCUCGAUAAAAGCACUACCACGACUACACAAACACCUGUCGAUUUUCGAAAUCACACAGCUGCAGCGGAGGGUUCACAUGACACAGAAAGUUCAAUCGAAACGAAUGUCAUCGAUCAGCCGGACAAGACGACAAUGAAAAUAAGCGAAUCUACCGCCACCAAACCGACCACCAGCACGACAACUGCCAUAACACCAACAACAAUAAAUGAAUUGGGAGUUGAAAAUCAGAAUCCUGGAGGAAAAAGUGAAACGGUAUCGACACAGAAUGUGCCGGUGUUCGGCGUGAGUAAUGAAACGACGUUGCCGAGUGUGCAGGACGCAGACAUGACAACAUCAACAACUACCGCUACAACCACUCCGAUGGCUACCCUACUAUUGAGCCCGAACAGUACUUCAGUGUCGCUGACGCCUGCAGUGAAUAACUCAAGCAGCGGCAUGACAACCACUCAAGCACCGCUCAUCAAUUUGCUUGAUGAUUCGACGACACCAGCUACAACGACUCCCAGCUCGACACCUAAUCAGUCGCCAGCAACUACCUCUAGUAUUGGCGUAAAGCCACAGGAAGUUUACACAGUAUUCUCUACCACCGAAGACACACCCACCACAAGUACCAGCACUGCUGUCGUAGCUCCCCAUGUGCCAAUUUUAAACACCACCAGCACCGUUAACGCGCCUGUGGAUUCUUCAACAACCGCUUACAUUCCCAUAGUAGUUAAUACCAUUGCCACAGUGACGACAACAAUGCUUCCGCCCACACUGCAUGCCGGCAUUGGUGGUGGAGCUAGCAGCGUCAGCUCGCCCACUCACCUAAACCGCGGUGACUCCAACGAGACGGAUGUGAAUGUCAUCAUCGCCAUUACGGUGAGCAUUAUUGGUGUGGUGGCGCUCAUACUGCUCGUCGCUUUCCUCUACUUAAUGCGUAAACGUCAGAAGCAGAUGUCCUACGGUCAACGUUGUCGUCCGGUGAGUUUGGAUGCCUACAGUCUGGACAAUGUCUCUGUUUUGGGUAGUGUGCGACGGAAGGGUGCUCUACGCGCCUCCAAACGCUCUUACGGUAAUAUUGCUUUCGAUGAUCCUUCGCUGCGCCAUAAUACGCUGAGUGCCAGUGAGUUGGCCAAGUUUGUGGAGCGUCGUUCGAGUAUUUUUGAAGAAUUCAGAGAUGUGCCGCAAAUUAUUGCCCGCGCUGAUGAAGUACCACCAGGCUGUGAAGAUAAGAAUCGAUAUGCCAAUGUAAUACCGCUUCCCGAGACGCGUGUGGUACUGCAGCAGCUUGGAGAUGAUGAUAAAACGGAAUACAUAAAUGCCAAUUAUGUCAGGGGCCCCAAGGACUCGCCGAAUUACUACAUCGCCACUCAGGCGCCACUCGAGACAACAGUCACCGACUUCUGGCGCAUGAUUUGGGAACAACAAUCACGCGUGAUCAUACAAGCAACCGAUCUCUAUGAGAACGGCAUUGAAAAAUGCGCUGAAUAUCUGCCACCAUCGGUAACUUUGGACAACCACACGACCUUCGGUGACUUCCAAAUAACACUCAAGCACCGCGAAGUUAAAGACAAAUAUGCCAUUUCGACGCUGAUGCUAAAGAACACAGCUGAAAAUAUGAGUCGUGAACUCACGCACUACUGGUACAAAUGGCCUGAGACGGGCGUGCCCAACGAAGAGGCACCCAUCAUUGCGAUGCUGUUAGAGGCGCGCUCAUCACUCAAAGGUUACGUGAACGAAGCGCGGGAAAAGAAUUCAAAUGCUACACUAAAAUCAGAUGCUGACGGUGAAGUGACCGCAAAUGGUAAUGGUGUCACGGUUAUAUCAAUGGAGAAUGGCGGACAGAAAAUAGAGAUGGGACGCGUAAAUGGCACAGCUAAGGAUGAUGGCGGAAAUGCGGAAAUAAAUGGCAACAUUUCAGCGGCGGAUAAAAUGAAAGGGACCACAACGUUAAGGAAUCAAGGUCCCUUAACGAUUCACUGCUCUCCAGGUACUGGACGCACCGGCACCAUCAUUGCAUGUGACAUGGCCAUACGAAGUCUAGAGACGCCGAAGCGUUCCGUUGACAUUCCACAAACUGUUUACUAUGUGCGGCGGGGUCGGGCGAGCGCCGUCCAAACCAAGGAACAAUACGAAUUUAUUUACAAAGUGGCGCAUAUGUACGCGACGAAGAUCACAAACCUAUCAAAUGAUAACUGAGACAGUGUGUGUGCAUAUAAUUACUCCUAAGCCAACUAAUCUAAGUAGAUCAGAGUGUAAUGAUACAAUAUAAGGUGUGCCAGCAAGCAAUGUUAAUUUUUUAGUAGGCAAACUUGGCAGUUAUAUAAUUUUUUUUCUGCUUCACUCUACAAAAGUAUUUAACACACAUUGUGAAUAUAUUUUUUAUUUAUUAAAAAUAUAUAAAAAGAUUUAGGUAAGCAUUUGAGCAAAACAUGUUAACAAAAUAAGUUAAGCCUAAUCCGAAGUUCACGUCUCACUUGAAAUGGCUGUCAUCAGCCAUAUAAAUUGCUUUGCUGUGAAAUAUGUAUGCGUGAAGCUCGUAUGUGUCUCGCAGCAAAGCAGUACUCAGUGCAUGCCGUGAAAACAGCGCGCAACAUACCAGCAACAUGAUGCCAGCAACAUUUAUUCGCACCUAUUUAAAAUGCACGUUUCAAGUUUAAAAUUUAGCGAAAACUGGCAGUUUGAAUAUUGAGUUCGAAUACUCCGUAGAUUUGGCAUUUUUAAGCGAAAUUUCUAAGUAAAUCUUCUUUAGAUUUUUUUGUAUCAAUAUACAUAUACAUAUGUAUGUACGUGUAUUAAUUUAAUUUAAAAGCAAUUUGCUUAACAAAAUUUGCCAAUUGCUUCUGUGGCAACACUCAUAAAUUUGUCGCUUCUCUCAAAUGAGAGUCAAUGUUGCUAGCAACAUUUCACCGCAUGUCAAAUGCAUGUUGCUGGCGAAAUUUCACGGCUGCGAAGUUAGUACUAGUCCUUGCGCAAAAAAAUUAAAUAAAAUAAAUAAAUGCCCAAAGCUGUGAGUAUACAUUUUUUUUAACAUAUAUACAUAUGUACAUACAUAUAUUGAAAAACUGUGACAAUUCAAUAUUUAGAGCUGAAAUGGGUUAAAAACUAAAUUUAAAUUUAAAUUGGCUGGCGCACUUUAUACUAUUACAUUAUGAUAUACUUACAUAGCAAGUAGAUCACCCAACAUGACGAGCAAAAAAAGUAGUUUUCGAUUUGUGACGUCAGUUUAUCGCAGCAAAAAGUAAAUAAAUAAUCUAAAUCAGAGAACAUAAUGAGAUACGUAGAAGUCAGAGACUUGUAUUUAAUCAUUUUUUGUAGUUAUUUACAUUUCAGUUUAUUUUAAUUGUUAAAUUUCCAAACAAAUCACCAUCAAAGCGCAAAAAAAUCACCAUCAAAUAUGUAAACAAAUGUACAGGGUGGGCCAAAUAAGACCUAGCAGUAUGCGCAGUUGCUCCAUCUUGUUGAAACAACAAUUAAGGAUACUGCUCCGCCAUUGGCCGCAAAAAAGUUUUCAAUCCAUGUUCUGUAAGAAGCUCGUGAAAUCAAUUCCCUCGUUUCAUCCUCAUUUUAAAACAAAUAUGGACCGAUAAAUCUAGUGGCCAUAACACCGCACCAAACAGUACAUUUAGAUUGGUGCAACUGAUGUUGGUGUGUUGCCCUUGGAUUUUCAGAGCCCCACAAUCUAUAGUUUUGCUUGUUGACAUAACCAUUUAAAUGGAAAUGCGCUUCAUCCGACAUCAAAACAUUAUUUAAAAAAUCAAUUUGUGUAGCUAAUUGUGUAAAACGAAUAGCGUAUUGUAGUCGUAGUUGGUGGUUCCAGAAAAAAUUUCCAACAAUUCAAUUAUAACCUACAAAAAGAGAAAAAUAAAUAUUUCAAAAAUUAAAAAAGUUAUUUGUGCUUAACAUUAGUUGGUCUUAUUAAGCCCACUCUGUAGUUACAAAUCUGACGUCACCAUACUUUUUGCUCCAACGCAAUGAGGAAUGUCCGAUCUAUUCUAUAUUCUCGUAGUUGGUUUAUAGUAUUUACCUACAUUUGUAUACGAAUACUUGUAAUAUAUUGUCAAACAGCCGUAUAUAAAUAGACACAUAGGUAUGUACAUAGAUAUGUGUGCAAAUCAGUGUAAAAAGUAAGUGCAUAUAUGUGUGUAUAUGUGUCUGUGUACUGUGAGUUCGCGUGAGAACUCCCAAUAGUCAAAGAAAUCUUAAGAGAUAACACAUGUGUACGUAUGUAUACUCUUCGUGCAAAUUCGUAUACGCGCAUAUAUGGACGAGUACAGCAUAGUUAUAUUGGUCGCAUAUCAUGUAUGAGUGCAAGUAUACCAAUUAUAAUAUAAUAAACAAAUUUACUGCGAUUAUAUGUAUGUAGAUAUCGUAAAUAAGUAUGUAUUCUCUCGCCACUUAGCGAAUUUAUGGUACUUUCCCGCACAUCUCUCUCUUUCUCCGCUUUUUCUCCUACUAAUUUUUUGUAUUACUUGUGUAUGUACAUAUGCGUAACAUAUGCAUACAUAUUUUUUUAGAAAAAUAUAUAUGUAUGUACUUGAAUAAGCCAAUUUUAUUUGUAACUAUAAAGGCGUGCGGCGCUUUAACUAAUAAUAAUACUUUUGAAAUGUAUUCCUCUAUUAUUGUGAUAUAAACAUACAUACAUACUUUUUUAAUUACUUUAAGUUAUGUUUUCCUGAAUUAAGUUGUAAAUAAAUAAUAAGUGCGAUUAUGUGUAAACUGCAAAUUGAUAACUGCAGAAUAAGAUGUAAAAAAUGUGUGUAAUUCAUAUGAAUAUGGAAUAUAAAUUUGUAGUAUAAAAUAGUUUACAAGAUAAUACCUAAAAAAUAAAAACAUUUAAACAUUUAUUAGAAUUCAAA